GCCACCAGGUUCUCCUCGCCCCCAGUCUGAUGCCCGUCCCGCCCUGCCAUGAGUCUAUGAGCCCCCUCCGGAUCAGCGUGGGUGGCUUGCCUGUCCUCGCGUCCAUGACCAAGGGUGCUGACCCCCGCUUCCGACUGCGCUGGAAGGCCAUCGUGCUGUCGUCAGCCUGCGUGGGGUUUGUGCUGCUGCUUUUCUGCCUGCACCGGUCCUCCCCGGCACGGCCCAUCCCUCCCAAUCCUCGUAACUGGCAGCUCAGCCUGCAGGCAGGGGACCGCUACAAUGACACCUACCCACUGUCCCCACCUCAGAGAAACCCCGAGGGUGUGCGCUAUCGCAUUGGAGUCAUUGCGGACCUGGAUACGCAGUCCCGGGGCUCUGAGGAGCACACCUGGUUCAGUUACCUGAAGAAGGGCUACCUCGUGCUGUCGGACAGCGGGGACAGCGUGACAGUGGAGUGGGACAAAGAUGAGAGCGUGCUGCAGUCCCACCUGGCUGAGAAGGGCAGGGGCAUGGAGCUCUCCGAGCUGGUCGUCUUCAACGGGAAGCUGUACACUGUGGACGACCGGACAGGAGUGGUCUACCAGAUUGAGGGCAACAAGGUGGUGCCCUGGGUGAUCCUCCCGGACGGGGACGGCACAGUGGGUAAAGGCUUCAAGGCAGAGUGGCUGGCGGUGAAGGACGAGCACCUCUAUGUAGGGGGACUGGGCAAGGAGUGGACGACGACGACAGGGGAGGUGGUGAACGAGAACCCCGAGUGGGUGAAGGUCAUUGGCUACAAGGGUGACGUCGGCCAUGAGAACUGGGUGGCGAACUACAACGCGCUGAGGGCUGCAGCGGGGAUCCGCCCCCCAGGUUACCUGAUCCAUGAGUCAGCCUCCUGGAGCGACACCCUGCAGCGCUGGUUCUUCCUGCCGCGCCGCGCCAGCCACGAGCGAUACAACGAGAAGGCGGACGAGCGGCGAGGCACCAACCUGCUGCUGAGCUCCACCCAGGACUUCGGGGAUGUGACGGUGGGACGUGUGGGCGAAGUGGUCCCCACCCACGGCUUCUCCUCCUUCAAGUUCAUCCCGGACACAGACGACCAGAUCAUCGUGGCGCUGAAAUCAGAAGAGGACAACGGCAAGAUCGCCAGCUACAUCAUGGCCUUCACGCUGGACGGGCGCUUCCUCCUGCCAGAGACCAGGAUUGGGAGCGUGAAAUACGAGGGCAUUGAGUUUAUUUAACCGACUUUUGCACUGGACUGGAGGGGUGAGGGAGGCCGAGGGGUGCUGGGGCAGGCCCUGCCAGCAUGCUCCUAGCCGGGCGCUCUGCCGAG